AUGGUAUUGGGCCCUCAUAGGGUAGUCAUAUUGGCAUGGAGUAACUACCCUAAGAGGGUAGGGUUAGGUGGUUGCCUGAAGUGCCAUCCGAGCCCCAUUCAGUACCUUGGAUACUCAAUCGAAGAGGCGUGCAGUGCCAUUCCUGUCAAACCUCUCUCGGAACGCGCUGACCAAGUUUGGAUUCUCAUGAAGGAAAUCUAUUAUAUCUACAAUACUGACUACUUCGCCUGGAACCGGUCCUACUUCUCCCUGGCGUUUCAAGAAAUAGGAACAAAAUUUGUUGGAGGGUGGGCCAUGAACCAACAUUAUAACUGGGACCCGAUAAAACAGGGAGAGAUGGUCUCUAUUGAAGACAGGGAACACGGCGUGAUCAAUAAUGGUAUCCUCACUCAAUCGGGGUUCAAACAUCAAGUCGGCAACAGCAGGAUGAUGAUUGGAGUGGGCAGCCCUUGGUGGAGUCCCUCGCCAUACGACGCUUUGUGCCAAGGAGUACCAUUCCUCAAUCCUAUUAAAAGUUAUGACCAUAGUGAUCCCUGGAACAAAACGAAGUGGUACUACUCACAGCAUCCAUCCCUGGCUCCUUACGACCCUCCGUAUGUUUACAACGUCCACCAUCAAGAUUAUGCCGGAUUUGUCAAUGCCGUUAAAGCAGCUUCUACAACGGAGAUAGGGAGAUUUAUCCCUGAGCAUAUGACCGAGACGGCUGUCCAGGAUCGCCUUGUCCUCCUUAUGGAAACUGACUGGAAAACACAAGCGGAGGCUCUACUAGCGGAACGACUGAAGGAAGGGGGGGAUGCAUAUGUCUUUGACAUUUAG